GUUUGUCCAAAUCUGAUGAACAAACAGACUAGAAAAGAUCCAAAAUAUUACACAAUAAAAUCAGAUAACGUAAAUAAUCAAUCAAAAUUGAGCUCGGUUCAUCUGUUUAUUGUCCAGCUACAAUGUAAAUAAUCAAUCAUCUGUUUCUAGUCUAGUUACAUUCUUUCCUUCUUCUUUUUCUUUUGGGAGAAAAAAAGAAGAGAGAUAAAAAUCGAAUCUUGUAAAUACACACACAAGCUACGUAUAUAUCUGUCGAUUGGCACACCACGCAAAAAACAAAGAGAACACAGAAAUCUAGCAGAGCUUUUCUGAUCUUGUUGCAAUCUCUCAUCUUUUUCCUCUUAUCUUCUCUCCACAUACAGAUACAAAUAGCACAAAGGCAGUUGUGUUUUAGAUGCAAAUUGCUCUGUAUGUUCAGACCCUUCAUUUUCUUGUUCCAAGAUUGCAUUUUUCCAGGAUGUUUCAGUGUGAAAUCUUGUUCCAAUUGUGAAAUCAAAAGUUGGAAUUUUACAACAUAUUUUGGAUAGGAAAGAAGGGGAAAAAUUAGAAGUUUGACUGUUUGAGGGUGUUUGAUUUUGUCUGCCAUGGGGAAUAAAUUGGGGAAGUGGAGGCAGGUGGUGGAUGAGAAGUACACUAAGCCUCAGGGGUUGUACCAUCACAAGGAUGUGGAUCACAAAAAGCUCAGAAAGUUGAUUCUUGACUCGAAGCUGGCACCUUGUUACCCUGGUGAUGAUGAGUGUGGAUUUGAACUCGAGGAGUGUCCCAUUUGCUUCUUGUAUUAUCCAAGUCUGAAUCGGUCAAGAUGUUGCUUGAAAGGCAUUUGUACUGAUGAAGACUCCCAAUUCUACUCGGCCGACACAAAAAGAUGUCCUUUCUGCAAAACAUCAAAUUAUGCUGUGGAGUAUCGAGGUGUUAAGACGAAAGAGGAGAAAGGCAUGGAGCAACUUGAAGAACAGCGAGUUAUAGAAGCCAAAAUAAGGAUUAGACGGCAAGAAAUUCACGAUGAAGAAGAAAGAAUGCUGAAACAAAAAGACCAUUGCUCGACUCGAGAAAUGUCUUUUGCAUCUGCCAUUGAGAGUGAAGAUAUUGUUUCCUCCCAUGAAGGCAUGGCAAAUAGGCCAUCUCCACGCCAAAGGCAGAAUAGACAGGACGAUUUUGACCUUGAUCUCGAGGAUAUAAUGGUUAUGGAAGCUAUAUGGCUCUCUAUUCAGGAAAACGGGAGGCGCCAGCUGGUUCCACCUUUCCGCGACUCAAUCCAAUCCGAACAAUGCAUAGCAGGUAAUCGCACCCAGUCAUCAUCAUCAUCAUCACCUUCCGGUGGACUCGCAUGCGCAAUAGCAGCCCUCGCCGAGCGCCAGCAGGCUACCAUCGAGACCCCCAACAACCACAACACCACCAACCGAGAAGCGGAGGAUUACUACCCUGCAGAGAGCGGCAUCGUGGUGGUGUCUCCUGGCCGCCACCUGGCGAUGGCUGCAGGUGAUGACGUGGACUACUGGAUGGGCCGCAGCCGGUCAGAGAUGGCGGAGGUGGGGACGAGCUACGGAGGCUCGGACGAGUUUGACGAUGUGGAGAGCUCAUCGGGCUUUGGGCCUCAGGAUGAGACCCGGUGUGGGCCCGGGCCCAAGAGCUUCGAGGAGCAGAUGAUGCUGGCAAUGGCUGUCUCGCUGGCUGAGGCCCAAGUGAGGCCCAAUGCACCCGGCGUUUCUUGGCAGUAGCUUCUUGGGCCCAUNAAAAAAAAAAAAAAAAA